AGAAACAAAUUCUCUCAUCCAAACCUCAUCCUCCUCUUUCUCUUUCUUUUAAUUCUUUUUCUUAUUUUACCUUCGUUUUCAUCAUCAUCUUCUCAUCGUCAACAUCUUAUAUUAACUUGACAAUUGUCUUUGAAUCCAUUUAAUUGUGACAAUUACACUUAAUAGCACUUCUCCCUUAACAUUUUCCAAUCCCAAUUUAACCAGUUGAUCCUCAUCGAUGAUCAAUCAAUUUAAAAUCGUAAAGUUUUUCCAUUGUUAAAAUAUUUUUCGAUUUUCAAAUUGUUCCAAUUGAUAUUAUUUUACCAAUUAAAACAAAGCCAAAAAAACACUACAACCAUUUUCAUCCAUUCAUAAUUAAUUAACGCUUAAUUAUUGAUGAAGCCUUUUCCAUUAUAUUAUAUUGUGGCAUCAUGGUUAACCCUGACCUUUGGCCUUGUGACAAUGGCUAAUCCAUUGGUGCCUCGGAGUAAUUUCAAUUUAGUGUCAAAUUUUGGCCAAUUAAAUCAACUCAAAACUGGCGAUAAUUAUUAUCACAAAUCACUAAUCAAUCCAAUAACUAAUCAACAAAGUAAAUCGUUGAUUAUCAAACAAUCAAAUCAAAUUGAUCUCUCAUCAUCAUCAUCAAACCAUCAGAAAUGUCCAGAAUGUCAUGAGAACAUGAUGAACAACAGAAAAGCACCUUCGAGGUUAAAAAGAUCGGCAAUGUUAUUGAACAAAAUUGUCAGCGCCUUACACAAAGCGAUGGAUAAUAAUAAUAAGAAUUCUCGUUCCAACCGAGUCUAUGUGGAUUCCUAUCAAUCUUCAUUAUCGUCAAGCCAACAAAUGGAUCUAACAAGACGAACAGGAUCAAAGAAAAUGUUUCGAAAAUGUUAUUUUAAUCCAGUUGCAUGCUUUUAAUGAGAACCAAGAAAAAGAAAAUGUUAUUUAUUUUAACUCAUUUCCGCUUCCACUAAAUGUUUUUGACUUCCUAUUCGGAUGAAAACCAGAGUACAACAAAUGCAAACAUUGAUCGUCAUACUCAACAUCACCUUAAUCUUAAUCAUCUUCAUCUAAUCUCAUUGUUUCAAAUAAAAAGACUGAAAGAGAAACGAAAUCGAUUCUUGAAAGGUCAUUUAUUAUAAUCA